UCGUGAAUAAAAUAUUUACUUUUGAAAUAAUUUGUUUUAACAACGUUAUUUGUCACUGGCCAAAAAAAUCGGGAAAAAAUUAGUAUAAAAGAUCUAGUAAACUAAAAAUUCAUUGGGACUUUUAGUCUAACCUGCGAACAAAGAACAUAUAAGCUCUUGUGGAAGCCAUCUAGUCUAUAAGUCUCAGUCGCGUCGAAAUCAAAUUUCAAAAAUCUUGAAAACAACGCGACAUUCGCAAGUCGAACAUAUUGACUAUUUCCAAAAAUAGCCAUCGAAUUCACCUGCAAUAAUUAUGGCACUGUUAGAGAGAGGAGAUCGGAUCGUCAUAAGAUAUUAUGACUACUUGCAAAAUUUAACCGUUAUCAAAGUAAAUGACAAGAAUCGUGAACAGCCCGAAGAGUAUCGCGUUAAACUUCAAGGAAUAAGUGGAGAAUUUUUUGACACGUCCUCGAUGAAUAUCCUUACCAAUGUCAUCAAAAAGAAAGAAAUAUUUAACAUCGCACUCAUUGACAAAAAUGAACUCGUAUUAACAUAUUCAACAUCUAAACAAUGUCUCAACACUCAGAUUUGGAAUGCUGAGAAUUUGAAACCCAAAAACGUCGGCAAUAAAUAUGAGAAGACUUAUGCAAAGAAGAACGCAUAUAAACCUGGACUUAAGCCGAACAAUUACGCAACAUAUAAUGCCAAACGUUAUACGGCCCAAGAUAGACUUAUGAAAUACCGUAAAACUGAGGAGCUACAAAUCGUUCAUCAAACUAAUAAAUUCAAACAGCCCGAAAAUAGACAACUGUACAACACCGAUAAUACACGUUAUUCAGCUCAAGACCGACUUAAAAAAUACAAGAACAUCGUUACUUCAAAAGAACCGCAGCUUAAACAAUAUGACAUUAAGACCACAGAUAUGAACCGAUUUGAAAUUGAAGAAAAAUGUUGCAAAGAACAAAAUCUCAGCACUGACAUAACAGAAGACCCAUGUACUAAGAAACGUACAUUAAAACUAGGCGAGACGCAAAAAGUUAGUUAUUUAUAUUUAUCAUACAAACAAUCUAUUAUUACAAUAAUCUUUCCACAGAUAAUGAUAGUUCAAAAACGAACGAAGACAUGUUAUCUGGUACACACGAUGGAGAGUAGAAAGUCGGUAAUCACCUUGUGUGAUAAACUACGAAAAAUUGAAAAUAACUUAAAACGUAUCGAGAAAGUUGAGAAGUACGACAUGUGCUUGAUAUUUUUUGGCGCUGAAUGGUACCGUGGGAAAAUUAUGGACGAGACGAACGAUGGUAUGUUGAAAAUUUACUUGAUUGACACAGCACAAGUGAUGUUCUUUAAUCGAAAAGAAGUCUACGAGAUGCCAAAGCAUUUCGAAGGAGAGUCAUUAUUAAUUGAAAUCGUCGUAACACCUCCGCCAAAUGAAAUGCUGACUACUGUUUUUGCUAACGUAGAAGCAAUAAAAACUAUUGGACCGAGUACGGUGGUGAAACUGAUUUAAUAACUUGCUAUAUUGCCUUAUAACUCCUAUUAAUUUGCAUUCGACAGUCAACGAAUAUUCCCUACAGAAGUUUACAUGCUGACAAUGAUGUCUUUUUCCAUUAAAAAUACUCUUGUUUAUUUAUUAUGAACUAUUUUGCAUUUUCAUCCGACUUCUUUAUUUAUUGUUUAUAUAUUUGUUAUAUUUAUAUGUUUGUUGUUACAUUAUUUAA